AUGAAACUGGUGAGGAAGAAUCACCUAAUCAAGAUGAAGUUCAAAUCCUGCGAUUCCGAGUAUAAUUAUGAAAACGUGUCUCAAACUGAAGAAGAAAUGGAUAUGUUAAUCUCCUUUGAGGAGGAUGAAAAAGAGACAACAGAAAGAGCGAAUGGUGGUUCCAACUUCAAUAAUGAAAUACGACUAGAGACCUUGGAUCCUAUUGUGUGGUUCUCCCAAAGGAAAGAAAUAAUAAUGAUAACCAAGGAGGUGAGCUUGGACAGACAAGGCAAUGCGGAAAUGGAAGAACCAUCAAUAUCAUGUAUUGGGAUACAAUCUGAGGAACCAGGUCCUAUGGCUUAUCUAUUCCAAGCAGAAGAACCAUUGAUUUCAACUGAGAUUGCGAAGAAGGAAAAUAACAUCAGGAAUAACCUGCUGAAAGAAUUAGUUGCAUCGAGCAAAGAAAUCCUAACACCAACAAAAGAAAUGCAAGAGAGGGAAGCACUGGAAAUAGUUGAGGGAUUAGAUAAAAGACAAGUGAAGCAA